GCUGUUUCUUAAGGAUAUACGUAUAGUACCAAUCAAAUAAAAUGAUCAAUAAAAUUUUAUUUUUUUCGUUUUUGUGUAUACUGUUAUGGUACAAAAAUAAUGUCGAAGCAGGUACUCUGUUGGUAGGAAACACAAAAGUGCACCAGGUCAUUUUUAAUAGCAGUUUGUAUCUUGUAAAUGAAACUUUCCGGGGAACUUGGCUCCAAGCUAUGUUAUAUUGCAAGUUACUUGAUAUGGACCUCGUUAGUAUCGAAUCAAAAGAAGAAAAUGACUUUCUUUACAAAACACUAUAUCGAUAUAUUAAUACACAACAAACUUGGUAUUGGACCUCAGGAACUACAUUGCCAUACGAUAAGUGGGUAUGGAUGGCCACUGGUAGUCCAGUUAUCUAUACCCACUGGUUUACCAAUAGGCCAGACAAUUCUGGAGGAAACAAGAAUGCUCUCGAAGUCCAACUUUAUCCCGGAAAGGGUCUCUAUUGGACUAACAGCAAUCAAAAUGAUACAAAACGAGCAAUUUGUGAAGUAAAAAUUGUGAAAUCAAUUAAUGCAACUGACGAAGAUGAUGAUAAUGUUCCAAUUUUUAGAUAGGCCAAUAAUUCAAUAAAUAUAUUUAAU